AUGAGCUUGAAUCUUCAAGGUUCGAGAAAACCUAGCCAAGUGAAUAGUCCAAGUUCUAUUAAAAAGCCGAUGAUUUCCUCAUUACUAUUUAAUUGCAGAGCUCCUAUAAAUGUUCCGAACAGCUCAUAGGUAUCACCUUAAAAUUCUGAACAAAAUCUACUAAAACGAUUGCAUUCUCAUAAAGGAUCUUAGGUGGAUGUCACUAAUUUAACAAAAUUAAUUAAACACAAUAAAUCUCCUACUAUUGAAGCAUUUGAUACUUAAAAUAACGAGAAUUCAAGUUCGCAAUAAUUACAAGCAUUAUUAGCAAAAGCAAGAGAAAUUACUUAGAAUAAAUAAAAACCGUAAAUUGUAAAAUAAUAGGCUCAGGCAAUUCAAACAUAAUCGAUCAACUAAUUAAAAGAACUAUUUAAUAAUAAUUUGUAUUGUAGAAACACUUUUCACUUCCAUUUUGUUGUUGGAAUAGGAGGUUUCGGAAAAGUUUGGAAAGUAGAACAUAAAAAGACAAGUCAAAUUUAUGCGAUGAAGGAAAUGUCAAAGGCUUUGUAUGUUUAUUCUUCCUUAUAUAGAAUUAUCACAAAAAAAAGUGUAAAUUCAGUUAUGAAUGAAAGAAUUUUAUUAAGCCAAUUGAAACACCCUUUUUUAGUUAACAUGAAUUAUGCGUAUCAAGACAGGGAAACUCUCUAUUUGAUAAUGGAUUAUAUGUCAGGAGGAGAUCUUCGAUAUCACAUUGGAAGAAUGAGAAAAUUUAAUGAAGAAGAAACCAGUAAGAAAUUGUAACUAUAAUUUUUGAGGGUUCUUCAAUAUGUUCACGGCAACAACAUAAUUCAUAGAGACCUGAAACCUGAAAAUCUCGUCUUGGAUAGCAAAGGUUAUGUGCAUUUAACUGAUUUUGGCAUUGCAAGAUUUAUGAAAUCAGAGAACUCAAGCGAUACUAGUGGCACACCUGGCUAUAUGGCUCCUGAAGUCAUGUAUAGAUAAAACCAUACAUUUGCUGUUGACUAUUAUGCCUUAGGAGUCAUCGCUUACGAAUUCAUGUUGGGCAGAAGACCUUAUGUGGGAAGGUCAAGAUAAGAAAUUAGGGAGCAAAUCAUAGCUAAAUAGGUUCAAAUAAAGAAAUCUGAAAUACCUGAUAAUUGGUCGUUGGAGGGUGCUGAUUUUAUCAAUAGACUAUUAUAAAGAAAACCAUCAUAGCGAUUAGGGUUUAUUGGUAGUCAAGAAAUCCGUCAGCAUCCUUGGUUUUUAAAUUUUCCAUGGUAAAAGUUGCAAGACUUCGAGUUGAUUCCACCAUUUAAACCCAAUGUAAAUGGAUAUUAUUAAAUUAGAGGACUGAGGAUAAUUUUGAUAAAAAUCAAAUUCUCAUAGAGGAUGAAGAAAAUAAUGAACUCAUCUAAUAAAACUUGCUUGUAUUAAAAGAUCCGGUUACUUAAGGGGUAUGAAUUUAAUGCAAAUUAAAGUCAUAAUAAGAUUUCAUCAACUACUGAUUAAUCUUCAAGUUCAUCAUCUAAACAUAGUAGAAAUUUUAGCCAAUAAAUUGAAAAAUAACAAUUUUGUGAAAGUAGUAAUAAGUGA